AUGGCGCCCCCGCGAAACGUGGUGAAGAUCGCAGUCCAGAUGCGUGACGCCAUCCCCCAACUCAUUCAGCUUGACCAGGCAAAGCCACUGGCUGCUGUGCUUAAGGAGGUGUGCGACGCGUGGAGCCUGGCUCACCCUGAGCGCUAUGCCCUGCAGUUUGCUGAUGGGCAACGAAGAUACAUCACAGAAAACAACCGCACAGAGAUCAGGAAUGGCAGCAUCCUCUGUUUGAGCACUGCGCCGGAUCUUGAGGCUGAGCGGCUGCUGGCUGGGCUGCAGAGCGGGAGUCGUGAAGGGCGCAGGGAGGCCCUGCAGCACCUUGUCCUACUGGCCUCGGACCUCACUUUUGCCCAGGAGGUCAUCAGGCGUGAUGGACUUCAGAGACUAGGGACCAUCAUUGAAGACGGGGAUGACCUAGGAGAGAUACUGGCCCUUGGGCUGCAGGCCUUCUCUGAGCUCAUGGAGCACGGCAUGGUGUCCUGGGAGACGCUCAGCAGCGCCUUUGUCAGGAAGGUGGUACGCUACGUGAACAUGAACCUGAUGCAUGCCUUUGUGCAGCCCCUGGCCCUCGGGCUGCUGGAGAGUGUGGCCUUGAGCAGCCCUGCCUUGGGGCAGCUGGUCAAAAGCGAGGUGCCAUUGGAUAGGCUGCUGGUACACCUUCAAGUGUUAAACCAGCAACUGCAAACCAAGGCCAUGGCCCUGCUGACUGCCCUGCUGCAGGGGGCUAGCCUUGCUGAGCGUAAGGAAAUGCUCGACUACCUGUGGCAGAGGAACUUCCGCCAGUUCAUCUAUAAGAACAUCAUCCACAGUGCAGCACCGCUGGGCGACGAGAUGGCACAUCACCUGUAUGUCCUACAGGCCCUCACACUGGGGCUCCUGGAGCCACGUGUGCGGACACCCGUGGAUCCCUACAGCCAGGAGCAGCGGGAGCAGCUGCAGGCCCUGCGCCUGGCAGCCUUUGAGCCAGAAGGGGAGUCCCUGGGUGCCGGGCUGAGCACCGAUCACCGCCGUUCCCUGUGUGCCCGCGAGUUCCGUAAACUGGGCUUCUCGAACAGCAACCCAGCACAGGACCUAGAACGCGUGCCCCCUGGCCUGCUGGCCUUGGACAACAUGCUCUACUUCUCCAGACACGCACCCAGUGCCUACAGCAGGUUCGUGUUGGAGAACAGCAGCCGGGAAGACAAGCACGAGUGCCCCUUUGCCCGCAGCAGCAUCCAGCUGACCGUACUGCUGUGCGAGCUGCUCCGCGUAGGGGAGCCCUGCUCCGAGACAGCCCAGGACUUUUCACCCAUGUUCUUCGGCCAAGACCAGUUCUUCCACGAGCUCUUCUGUGUGAGCAUCCAGCUGCUGAAUAAGACCUGGAAGGAGAUGCGGGCCACACACGAGGACUUUGACAAGGUCAUGCAGGUGGUGCGGGAACAGCUGGCCCGCACGCUGGCCCUGAAGCCUUCUUCCCUGGAGCUCUUCAGAACUAAGGUGAAUGCGCUCACCUACGGGGAGGUGCUUCGGCUGCGGCAGACAGAACGGCUGCACCAGGAAGGCACACUGGCCCCUCCCAUACUGGAGUUGCGGGAGAAGCUGAAGCCCGAGCUCAUAGGCCUGAUCCAACAGCAGCGUCUGCUCCGACUCUGCGAGGGGACACUCUUCCAUAAGAUCAGCAGCCGGCGGCGCCAGGAUAAGCUGUGGUUCUGCUGCCUGUCCCCUAACCACAAGGUGCUGCAGUACGGGGACGUGGAGGAGGGCGUGGGCCCACCGCCCCCAGAGGCCCUGCCUGAGCAGCUCCCUGUGGCUGACAUCCGGGCACUCCUGACAGGCAGGGACUGCCCCCACGUCCGGGAGAAGGGCUCCGGGAAGCAGAACAAGGACCUCUACGAGUUAGCCUUCUCAGUUAGCUAUGACCGUGGGGAACAGGAAGCACAUCUGAACUUCAUUGCGCCCUCCAAGCGGGAGUUCCACCUGUGGACGGAUGGGCUCAGCGCCCUGUUGGGCAGCCCUAUGGGCAGUGAGCAGACACGGCUGGACCUCGAGCUGCUGCUGACCAUGGAGACCAAGCUGCGCUUGUUGGAGCUGGAGAACGUACCCAUCCCUGAGCAGCCGCCCCCGGUGCCCCCACCUCCCACCAACUUCAACUUCUGCUAUGACUGCAGCAUCGCUGAACCAUGA